AUCGGGAUUAGAGCUGCUGACAGUCCACCGGAGAGCUGCGCGGAACACACGGUGCAAAGAGAACAGAUGAUACGUUGCAUUUGGCCCAAGAAGCAUCUCAGGAAAUGAGCGUAGACUUCUCCGGAGGUGUGUCCUAAUCCCAAACAGAAGUCAUCUGUAAAGCCUCUGCACUCAUUUCCUUUCGAGUGGUCUGCGUCUGCCCAUGCACACGCACGGCACCAUGGGUAGCUCCCCGGAGGUGCUUACCUGGACGUCCUGUCCCAGCCUGCUGGUGGGGAAACUCAAAGAGGAGCUCAAACUCACAGUUGUCGGGGACUCCAUAAAGAAAUCCAACAGCAACGGGUCUCCCCAAGCCCUGCCCCCUCCUCCACCCCCUCCACAGAUCAUCACAGACCUGGCUCCGCCCAUCACCCUCCCCAUGCCGCUGCAACAGCUGCAGCUCCCGUGCAGGGAUGAUGACUUGGGCGGCACCAGUCCUCCGUGCACCGCCCUCAGCGAAGACUCCACCCGCGAGCUGGGACACUUCGACAACAGCGUGCUGCAACUGCAGGAGCAUGAGGAGGCGGAGUCACCCGCCUCUUGUGUUCAGGGGGGGUGUGGCAGCGGCGGCGAGGAGAGGAACGAUGAGGGUGGAUGUCCGAUGGACCACAGCGGGGAUGAUACGCACCACCACCCUCAUGAUGACCUUAAACUGCAUUUUCAGAGAGCCGGGACGGGCAGCGGGGGUUUUCUGGAGGGCCUGUUUGGAUGUUUGAGGCCUGUGUGGAAUAUCAUUGGAAAAACAUACUCUACUGAGUACAAACUACAGCAGCAAGAAAUGUGGGAGGUGCCAUUUGAGGAGAUCUCUGAACUGCAGUGGCUGGGCAGUGGAGCUCAGGGCGCCGUGUUCCUCGGAAAGUUCCACUCGGAAGAGGUCGCGAUUAAGAAAGUGCACGAGCAGAAGGAAACGGAUAUCAAACAUCUCCGCAAACUGAAACACCCCAAUAUCAUCAGCUUCAAGGGUGUGUGUACGCAAGCGCCGUGUUACUGCAUCAUCAUGGAGUACUGUGCACAGGGGCAGCUCUAUGAGGUUCUCAGGGCGGGACGCAAGAUCACGCCAUGUUUGCUGGUGGACUGGGCCUCUGGGAUCGCCAGCGGCAUGAACUACCUACAUCUCCACAAGAUCAUCCACAGGGACCUCAAAUCACCAAAUGUGUUAGUCACUCAGAAUGACUCGGUGAAGAUCUCCGACUUCGGAACAUCUAAAGAACUCAGCGACAAGAGCAUGAAGAUGUCAUUCGCUGGGACGGUCGCCUGGAUGGCCCCGGAAGUGAUCCGGAAUGAGCCGGUGUCGGAGAAAGUCGACAUCUGGUCGUUUGGGGUGGUGUUAUGGGAGCUCCUGACGGGUGAGAUCCCCUAUAAAGACGUGGACUCUUCUGCCAUCAUCUGGGGUGUUGGGAGUAACAGUCUCCACCUGCCUGUCCCGUCCACGUGUCCCGAUGGCUUCAAAAUCCUCAUGAAACAGACCUGGCAAGGUAAGCCCAGGAACCGGCCGUCCUUCAGACAGAUCCUGCUGCACCUGGAUAUCGCCUCUGCUGAUGUGUUGGGAACCCCACAGGAGACCUACUUCAAAUCUCAGACGGAAUGGAGAGAGGAGGUGAAGAAACAUUUCGAGAAGAUCAAGAGUGAAGGCACCUGUAUCCAUCGGCUGGACGAGGAGCUGAUUAAACGCAGGAGAGACGAGCUCAGACAUGCUCUGGAUAUCCGAGAGCAUUACGAGAGGAAACUGGAGAGGGCCAAUAAUCUGUACAUGGAGCUCAGUGCCAUCAUGCUACAGCUGGAGGUGCGGGAGAAGGAGAUCUCCAAGAGAGAACAGACUGUGGAGAAGAAGUAUCCUGGCACAUACAAGCGGCACCUAGUUCGCCCCAUCGCGAGGCCCAACGCUGUUGAGAAGCUCAUCAAGAAAAAGAGCGGCAUGAACCACAAGCCUGGAGCACAGCCGCCUAAGAGACCGGAUCUGCUGCGCUCCGACUGCAUUCCCAGCGUAGAGCCUCUUCCUGUCCCUUCCCCACUGUCAGGAAGUCCCAAAGUGUCCACCCCUCCUGGAAAGAGCCGGUACCGCAGUAAACCCCGUCACCGGAGGGCAAACAGCAAGGGCAGCCACAACGACUUCCCAGGUGUGCUGAAGCCCAAUUCCGGACCUUUGGAGGAACAGCAACCCCUCCAGGAACAAAACUAUCCUCACCAACAUCACGCCCCGCCCGAGGGGCCACUCCUUCCGGUGCAAAACCGGGCCAACUGCGCCAACAACCUACGCUACUUCGGCCCCGCCGCGGCUCUUCGCAGUCCGCAAACCGACCACAUCCAACGGAGGCUGUCCGGCUCCAGUCCCGAUCUCAUUUCCACCGCUGUGGACGUUGAUGCACGCCUCCGCAGGUCCUCUAUACCCCCUUCCAAAGGCUCAAGCCAGGUGCCGCUGUGUCCCUGCUGCCAUGCGCAUCCUUUCCCAGGCUGCGUGCACUGCCGGGGUAAGCCUGCUGCGCCCAGUCACCCAGAACUCCCACACUACUCCCUACUGAGCACGUGUGAGGGAACACCCCCCGCCGUCAAACGGGCGGUGGACCUGACGUCAGAUGGAAAGGGAGAGCAGCCGGAGCAGGGGUCCCCACGAGGAAGCUUAUCCAGCAGCCUGCUACACACUCUCAGACCCCUCAGAAAUGGGGGGGACGAGUCAUCGGAGGAAGAGGAGGGAGAGGUCGACAGCGAAGUGGAGUUCCCACAGAGACAGAGGCCUCAUCGCUGUAUGAGCGGUUUUCAGUCGUAUUCCACCUUCAGCUCCGAGAAUCAGUCUGGAUCUGACGGAGAGGAGGGGAACACCAGCGAUCACUCUCACAGCGGACCUCUGGAGCAGAGUGCCAGUCAAGACGAACAUCUGGACGAGCUGCUGUCACACACACCUGAGAUCGCCAUCGACAUCUCCACACAGUCUGACGGGCUGUCUGAUAAAGAGUGCGCCGUACGCCGUGUCAAGACUCAGAUCUCGCUGGGCAAACUGUGUGCUGAUGAGCACAGCUAUGAGAAUCCGCUGCAUUUCGGGGACUCUGACUGUGACACGUCGGAUGCGGAGUGCUCUGACGCCACCAUCAGGAACAAGCAGCCCGCUGCACCCUCUUCCUGGUGAGCUCCCAAACCCCGCCUCCGUGCCAGAAACACCAGAGCCUCUGGAGGAAACGACGGCAAUAAUCCGAGCCAUGACCCAUUUUACCCCCAACCUGGAAUUAGUAUCUCAUAAAUCACCUCUCUCUGAGCAACCUCAGGCACAUUCCUCUGAUGUAAUCAUGCAGCUAGAGCAACAUGCAUCAAUUAUUUUAAUGCAAUUUUGACGAGACUCAAACAAAAUCAGAAAAAUUGCACCAAUCCUGCAAUGCAAAAAAUUAAAAUACUUUUGUUUUCAGUAUUUUGGCUUGUUUUCCAGUAAAAGUAUCUAAACAUCCUAAAAAAAAAAAAAAAGAGCGAGAGCUGUAUUUACUUCAGAAGUUCUAAAGACUUGUUUUCAGAGAAUAUAAACGUUUAUAUUAUCACAUUUGCAAAAAAAAAAUGUUAUGUAUUUUUUUUUAAGAACAACA